UGAGCACCCGAGCACUGCACAACAUAGAGUCUUUUUGGUGCGGGUUGGGCGAGAGUGCUUGCACCACCAAACUUUUUGUUCGCUGCACAAAGAUUGCAGUCCCGCCCGGAAAAAGACCUGGUCCAAGAGGCACCACCUGCGGACUUGCCACUAUGGCGACAGAAACGCAAGAGCUUCUGAAAGAACUGCAGGCGCAAUUUGCCGCCCAGGGUCAGCAAUUGGACAACGAGAGCUUGUUCAAUUUGGUACGGCAGCUUCAGGAUAGAGACCAGCAUGACUGGUGUGAAGCAGCUGGCCAGUCAGAGCCUUUAACGACACGGCUGAAGAAUCUCCUUAAGGACUAUCCAGCUGAUGUUGGGCUUUUUAAGGAAAUGGUACAGAAUGCAGAUGAUGCGGGCGCAACUCGUGUCCACUUUGUGUGGGAUGCCCGCAAAUUGGGAAGAGAGAGUCUUCUCUCCCCCGAAAUGGCAGCUUGGCAGACCAAUUGCUUGUGGGCCUACAACGACGCAUUGUUUACAGAACAAGACUUUGAGGCCAUUUGCAGACUUGGUGUUGGAGGAAAGAGGAGCAGCUCCGAGCGCAUUGGACGCUUUGGUCUUGGCUUCAAUUCAGUGUACAAUCUCACUGAUGUCCCCAGCAUUCUUAGUGAUUCGAUGGUCUUGUUCCUGGACCCUCAUGUGUCCCACCUUAGUAAGAUGGGGGCCUCAACGCAAAAGCCUGGUAUCAAGCUCCGUUUCUUGAAAGUGAAUGUAUUGGAUCGCUUUCGCGAUCAAUUCGCGCCCUACCACAACUUGCUAGGUUGUGAUCUUGAAUCUUCGAGCCCCUUUAAGGGGACGCUGAUUCGCAUUCCCUUUCGGACCAAAGAGUCCGCUGCCAAAAGUGAGAUCUCACAGAUCAUCGUGUCCGAGGAGAUGGUGAAAGCAUUGUCUCUGCAGUUCAAAGCCGAGGCUUUUCAGUGGCUUCUUUUUCUUCAGAACGUACAGGAGAUUUCCAUGUCUCGGCUGAUGAGCGACACCGACUCAGCUGUCUCGGUGCGUUUAGAGACCGUCUUUUCAGUGUCUCUGGGCAGAGCAUUGCUCACCAAAAGACCAAGCCUGGUGACGUGCGGAAGUUCUGGUCGUGGCACCACGGUCUCCAUGCAAUUGGAGGUUCUUUGUAGCGAGGACACGGCGGAGGACACGGCCACGAAGAAAUAUCAUCUCUUCACUCAAACUCAGCAUGGCUUUCGCUCGCGUGUAUGUUUGGCAGUGCCACUGCGCGAUGCAGAGGCCGGUGAGGCCUGGUCUCAUGAUGAAGUUGGACGAGUCUUUUGCUUUCUACCACUUCCACGCAACAUAGAUCUUGGACUGCGAUUGCAUGUGCAUGCACCCUUGAAUAUGGCCCAGGAUCGGCGAAGCGUGUUGCUGGACGAGCGGAUUGGAGAGUCGGAACAGGAGUUGGUGCGGCACAAUUUCAAACUCCUGGAUGACUUGAUCCCGUCUGCACUGAUGGCCUGCUUGCAGGAUUUGGCCCUGAAGCGAAAUCAGAUGCCUCCCUCGCACUUCUUUUGGCUGUUCCCCGUGUUGCACAGCAGAACAAGAAGUCAGGGGAACCCAGCAGACCGAAUUGCACAGACCUUCUAUGCCAGGCUUCUGGCAAGUGGAGCAGCGUCAUGCCCACUGCCGGUGGCUGCACCUGCAAGCAAUCGGAAGCAGCAGACUCGUAUGGAUGCACCGCCAGCCUACUGGGUCAAGGUCUCUGACUGCAUUUUUGUGCCGUCGGGCAAGGAAGCUGAGCACGUUGCGCCAGCAUUACUUGACUCUGUGGUUGAAUGUUUGCUGCGCUGCGGAAUCCAGUUGGUAGAUGCACCAGUCAAAGUGCUUGAGUCACUAAUACAUUCCCAGGCCGGUCCAGGAACGAAUGGAGCUUUGACCAUUCUGACCCCCGCCUGGCUUCGACAACGCUUGCGCUCGGAGGGUAGCAUGCAGUCUCACGCCCUCAACCGAACACCUGCGGUGGAUCUUUUUGGUCAACUCACACCAACUGAUGUGGCGGACCUCUUGGAAUUUGCCGUGAGUGAUGGUGAGAUGGCCGACCUCCGCGGAGUUCCUCUUCUCAUGUGUGAGGAUGAGACGAUGGUACAUCCCUUUGCCGAGUCGGGCAGCACGGUGUUUUUUCCACAAACGCCCCUUGAGCGGCGGCUCUUCCCCAGCAAGGACGGCCGAAAGCUGGUCUUGGCCACCAAGUUUGAAGCGCGCCCGUUACUUUGGGCCAAAUUCAAGCAACUGGCGCACGCAGGGCAAACAGUGGCCGGCUUGCCUGGCGAAGCCCGAAGUUCGGACACCAAGGAGACCAGGCAAGAGCGUCAAGCGGAAACAGCAAAGGCGAGCCUUGGCAAAAAGGCUUUCCAAUGUCAGUUCGUGACAUUUCCCUUGCUCGUCAAGGCGCUGCAAAUGCUCCUUCCGAAGACGUGGAACAAUCCUGUCCCCCGCAUCCCCCUGCGUGACUACACAGAAUGGGUGGAAGACUGGUUGCAGGCCAUGUGGAAAUGGCUGGAUGAAAAGGAGGUGGAUCUCUUCCAGAUGGUUCAUUGGCCUUUGAUUCCCAGUGUAGGUGAGAAUGUUGAUCUGGUACGUAUCCCGGAGCCUCACAAGUUGGUGUUGGUCUCAGCUGUGUCCCGCCCUCCAGUUUCCCAAGCCCAAGGGGGAUAUCCACAUCCGCCACCCCCUCCUCCGCCUCCAAGAGGGCAGGCGAGUGCAGCAACACCCAGCCAACCCACAAGUGACACAAGAGCGAAAGCAGAGGCAAGUGUUUGUGAGCCGACGGAGCCUUUGCCUCUCCGAGGAGCUGAUGAUGAUUCAGAACCUGCUAAGCUCGCACUGGUCCAGGAGCUUCUCCAAACCCGCCUUCACUGCAGACCAAUCUAUGAACCCACCUGGCUCUCACAACAUCAUGCCAAGCAGCUGCGAACCUGUGUUCAUGCAUCGUCUCCUGAAGGACUUCUUCGGAGCAUGCAUUUUGCUUCCAGGAUCCUUUGUGCAUGUCAGCCCAAACCCAUGACCCCAUCACAGGCACUGCACAUGUCUCUCAUUGCUCGUGAGCUGAGUCCAAAGGCUGUGAGUGCCUUGCUGUUUGUCGCGACUCGAGUUCAAAAAGAGGGCUGCAGCUGUGAGGUCGAUGGAUCGAACGGAAGCUGGAAAUGCAAAUGUGAGGUGCUUCGAGGCUUGCCCAUUCUAUGCAGAUUCAAUCAAUCAAAUCAGCAUGUCUCCUUGUCAGGAACAGGGGAAAGUCAGGACUUCUGGGUUUUGCCAGAGACGUGCCCACAAGUGCUAGCAGCACUUCGCGCUGCGCAGGUUGAUUUGCGAACCUGCACAGAGAUUCCAGACAAGGUGCUUGCAACAUUGAGUGCUUCUGAAAACUUGGCAGUUUCCUCUCUUUUGCGAGAACUUUCUCUUCCCCGAUUGAAGUGGUCGGAACUGCUUUUGAAGCAUGUUUUUCCCUGGGCAGCCAACAAGUCCAAGGACCCAUCGGUACGUCAAGCUUUGAUGCGUGCGGUUGUUUACCAUUGGCGCGAUAUGGAAUUAACUGGCCAAAGUUCUUGUACAGAGGCCUUACAACACAUUCCAUUCAUCAGCACUCUUGGCGGUAGCAUGUUGUCGGCUGCAGAAGCCUUGGACCCUGCGGUUGAGAAGUUACUCGCACUCUACGGUCCUGGUGACAUCAAAGGUCCCUUCCCGGAAGCAAGAUGGCAAUCUGCCGAAUGCCGAGCUGUUUUGCAGUAUCGAAGUGACCUGAGCUACCAAGAGUUAAGUGAAAGACUUGGUUUCUUGCAUCACCUGGAAGUGGAGCGCCGGGAAGAUUCCUCCGCGUGCGCACACGGAGCAGGAAGGAGCACAUCUGCACCUGAGGACGGUCCCGUCCCAAAGGCGGUGGUGACUGUCGCGCAUGCUUUGCUUCGCUAUGUGUGCGAAACCGUCAGCCCUGCCAUGGCUGAAAAGGAUCAAGACGGUCAGCCGCCAGCAGACAGGGAUGGUCUUUGGGGCAUGUUCAGUGGAAUCCUCGGGGAAGUACGACCCAAAGAGCUGGCCAAAGGGGCACGUUUCUCUGAGGAUGAGCUGAUGUCGAUUCAUUCCAAGCUUCGGCGAUGCUUUUGGCUGCCACCUCUGGCGGCACCAAGUGGCUGGCCAGCCGAUGCUCCUUGGAAAGGCUCAUUGUGUGGACUUUGUUCAGCAGAGGAGGUGCGAUUGAUGUCAGAGGAGUUCUUAGUCGGCAUGGUAAGGCCUUUGGUGGGCUUAACAUCUGGCACAGGAAGCGCUAUGAGGCUUCCAAGACGACUUCUGGAGAGCCUUGGCCUUGAAGAAAAGCCUCCUGAAGGCCUCAUGAAGGAACAGCUUCGCAAGAUGGAGGAGUGGAGCAGGAGCCUCACGGAUGCGAAGCGUGACGUACAUGCCUCCUGGAUUACCCGAUGCCUCUACGACCACUUGUAUCCUACUCUGCUUCAUGCAGCUUCAGUGGAGGAGUUUCAGAAGGACAAGAGCAAGCAACUUUGGGUGCCCCAAGGCGGCUUCUUGCCGUUGGCCAGAAUUGCUCGACAAAGCAUUGACUUCCCUCCUUACUUGUUAAAGGCACCAGCAGAGUGGAAGGAGAAAGUCCCUCAUCUCUGGGCCAAGAUUAAAGAGACCUUCGGAGUGGCGGAUUGUAGCGAGGCGGCCGUUUCGAAGCGGACAGCGGACAACGGCAGAAGCCGCGCGUUUGGACUCCGAGGGAUUGAAGUGACGAACGUGCUGAAACUGCUGGAGCUACGGCAGCCGCAGGACUAUCCUGCAGAUAUCAGUAUGUUCAAGGAGUUGGUGCAAAACGCCGAUGACGCUGGAGCGACUGAGGUGCACUUUGUUUGGGACUGGCGGCAACAUCGGAAGCAAUCGUUGCUCACUCCUGACAUGGAUCGGUGGCAGGGACCAGCGUUGUGGAUCUUCAACAACGCGCAGUUUUCCAGCAAGGAUUUUGACAGCAUCUGCCGACUUGGUGUUGGUGGGAAGCGUGACCAGCAAAGGAAAAUUGGUCGCUUUGGACUUGGCUUUAACUCAGUGUACAACUUCACAGACUUGCCCAGUAUUCUGAGUGGUGAUAUGGUGCUGUUCUUGGAUCCUCAUGUGCAUCAUCUCUCUGCCAUGGGAGCUUCGGUCCAAAAACCGGGCAUCAAACUGCGCUUCUUGAAAAUUCGGGUCUUGGAGAAGUUCCGUGAUCAGAUUAGCUUGUCAGAGAUUCGAGAAGGAUCCAGCGAUAUGCACCCCCUUUGCGAGGUCAGGCUGACACCUUCCGUGCCAACGGCUCCAAGUGGUCCUUCAGACAAUGCCGAAGAGAUGAAAGACAAGCGAACUCCCAAACAUUUGUCUGCCAUCGGCUCGGAUCACGUGGUGGCGGAUGUGUCCAUCCACUCCGAGACCUUCUCACCAGGACAUGGUCGGACCUUCAGCUACAGGCUCGUGGGGGGCGCUUCAGAUGGUGGGGUCUUUGAACAAGUCUGCGCAGCCAUUCCCCUGGAUGUCAAAGAAGAUCGAGCACAGUUGCGAAGAGAAGAGGGGCGCUUGUUUUGCUUCUUACCUCUUCCGUCCACAGCCAUCUCCCUUCGACUUGCCGUGCACAUGCAUGCGCCCUUGAACACGACCCAAGACCGGCGGAAUGUUCUUUUGGACCACCGAGUGGGUGACAAUGAAAUCAUCAACAAGAAUGUUCGACUUUUGGACGAAAGAAUACCAGAGUGUCUAGCUCGAUGUGCAGCAAACAUCUCCAAGAAUGCGCCACAGGACUUCUUUAGUGUCUUCCCAACGUUGCACAGAACUACCGGAGGCAAGUCAGGAGACCAGAAGAGACUUCCGGAAAUUGGUGUGGCUGACCGAGUGGCGCAGGCGUUCUACAGCUUAUUGGUUCGCCGACCUGAAGCUAUCUUCCCCACACUUGCUCCGGAGGCCGUGAAGAAGUACGUGACCUUCGGCGAAGCGGUCUUCUGCUCCGAUCGAGAGGCAAAGGUGUCGACGGGAGGGCCUCCUGAUCAAGCAUCAGCCUUGCUGGAAAGGGUCUCCAGGUGUCUGUCUCGUUUCGGAGUCUCAGUGGUGAAGAUGCCGCUGCCGGUCUUGGAAUCCUUCGAGCAAGUUCUUCAUCCGGCCCUGCCGCGUGUGCUGACUCCCGCAUGGCUGCGCCAGUUCCUCCGCAACAUGAGUGCCUCUUCCGUUCCGGGGAAGUACCGUGGAUUCCGCUUUCAAGAAGCUGUGGAUGGAGAGCAGGAUUGCCAAGCCAAAGAGCAUGACCAGCUUCCUCGCCUGACAGCGGACGAGGCAGUUGCGCUGAUGGAUUUUGCCAUGGCUGACAACAAUUUGGUUGAUCUCCAGGGCGUUCCUCUUCUCUUCACGGAGGAUCUCAAAAUGGGAACUCUGCCAUUCUCAGCCAAAAUGUCCACCCUCUUCGUGCCUGAGGAGGACGAAGAGUACCAGCUGCUUCCACAGGCUCCUCGAAGACUUCUCUCCAAGAAGAUCCGAGCUUCACGGCCUUGGGUUUGGCAAAGCUUGCAGCGAAUGGCCUCCAGUGAAGCCGAGCCAAGUGGAGAAAAACAAGGAGACGAAUCGUGCUUUCAACUUCGAAAGAUGACGGUGAAUCCUUUGAUGUCGGCGUUGCAGGAGCUAUUGCCCAAGUCGUGGAAUGUCAAGAUUCCUGAAGUUUCCAAUGACGAUUGGGCAUGGGUGGAAACAUGGUUGCGAACUUUGUGGAAUUGGCUCAGCCGAAUGAGCGUCCCCACCAAGCAAAUGUUGCAUUGGCCAAUAGUGCCAAGUGUGCGAGAGCCAGAUGAGACCCAAGUCCAUGAGGGAAAGAAUUCCGCGGGUGAAGCUGGCGAAGUGGCCGAAGCUCCACCGAUUCGAACGGUCCGGCUUUACAGGCUUCUACCAAACAGCACUCUCUUCAAUGCACGUCCGACCCAAUCAGCAGAGAGCACGUCGAGUGGCCUUCUAGAUGGACACUUGGGAAAGGAUUUGGUUGAGCUCAUGGAGAAGAUUCACUGUACCCCUGUGUGGCUUCCAGACUGGUUGAGAAACCGGGAGAGUCAGCUGGCAGGCUUUGUGCAUCCUGGAACUGCAGAUGGCCUCAUGAAGGCAUGUCACAACCUUCUGCAUCAACUUCCCAAGAAGGGAGAUCAAGACACGAAAGAGGGAGAUCACUCCCCAGCCUCGAAGCUCCGCAAGAAGUGGUGUCCAAACUCCAAGCAGCAAAGUGCAUUGGCAGCAUGGCUGGUCAUGGCUGGGCCUGAGCAUUGUGAUUGCCCACGUGUGGCUCCCGUGGGAAGUGAUGUGGGAUGGAGGUUGAACUGUGAGAUCUUUCGAGCAGCACCUUUGUUCUCGCCUUUUUCUCGAAAGGAACUGGUGGCGCUGGUGGACUCCCAAAGUGGCCACGGUGGACAGGAUGGGUCCAGACAUUGGUCUCUCCUUCCCGAGGCGUGCCCUGAAGUCGCCGCAGCACUGCGUGCAUCUGACAUUCCAAUGCCAGGCUGUGUGGAACCUGCUGAUGCUGAGAACGUGGCUGCUUUGGUGCGGGAGCUACACAUGCCAAGGCUCACCUGGGCCGAGGUGCUGUUAGAACAUGUUUUCCCCUGGGCAUCCACGAAUACAGUGCAGCCUGCUGCGCGGCAGGGAUUGAUGCUGGCGGUGGUCCAAAGGUGGCGCGAGAUGGAGCUGGCUGGACAUGAGCAAUGUGUGGAGGCUCUCCAGCAGGUGUCCUUCAUUCCCAGCGUCGAUGGGCCAAUGCGAAGCCCGUCCACCUUGCUGGAUCCACGGAAGGAGGAGCUGAAGCUCCUCUACAUGGGUGAAGGGCCAUUCCCAGCGACUGAAGUGAACGCCGUUCUCCUUCCACUUCUGCAGAGAGGUCUACUGAGGUUCCGAGAAGAGCUCUCGUUGAAGGAGCUCCAUGAAAGGCUCACGUUUCUCGACCGCAAGCACGAGUUGGAAGAGACGAGUUCCGCGGAAUGGGACAAGGUCAGAGCCUGUGCGGACAGCUUCUUGCAGUACGUUGCCACCAAUGUCAGCAUCAAGUGCCAAGAGGUUGCGAGGUCGGCAGCAGCAGCCGUUCCCGUGGCGGGAGACCCUCUUCCGCCGGCCGCUACAGCAGUCGAGCGCAAAUACCAGAGCUUCUUCGCAUGGCCGUUGGCCAUGCCCGACUUCUUGAGCACUUCGAGUGCCAAGAGCGGCCCAGCGAUGCCUGACUCCUUGGCGAAGAAGGAAGAGUGGUCCGAGGACGACGUGGAGCAGCUCAAGUGCCAACUGCGCCGAUGCCGUUGGAUGCCUGCUGCCAAAGCGCCUCGAGAAUGGCUGGAAGCGAUUUGUUGGGCAGGCAGUGCUCACAGACUCUGGAGGCCAUCAGACCUGGUUCUCAUGUCUGAGUUCUGGGUCAGUGGAGCAGCAAAUCCGCUUCUGGAUCCUGAGACACAAGUGGUUUUCUCAAGUGAAAAGAAGGAACGAUUGCUUUCAGACUUUCUGAAGUUGGUGGGGAUUUCCAAGGAUUAUCCGGAAAGUGAGAGAGUGAAGCGUGCAUGGGCCCAACUGGAAGCUAUUCGCUCUUGGCUCGAGGUGAACCCGAGAAAUGAGCGCAAAGACAGCGAAGCGGAGUCAGCUUGGAUUUCCAACUGCCUUUACCAGCACGUGUACCCAUUGAUUGCAAGUGAAUUCCAAGUGGAGAGCGAUCCUGACCCUGAACGCCAGUACCUGAAGGAUAUUUUUGUCGCCGGAGCUUUUGUGCCACUGGAGGACUUGUCAGUGUCUCAGGAUUUUCAUCUGGCACGGUUGUACCAGAUUCCCAAGGAAUUGCAAUCGACUGCGUCCAGACUUUGCAGCCAAGUUCGGCCUUCUUUCCAUGCCAAAGACCUGGCCAGAGGCCUGCAUCGCCUCUCAGGUUCUCCUCAGCUGACCCACGUGGAGACCGACACCGCAGUGCAUCUUGCCAUGGCGCUCAGCGAGCGGGUGCGCACGGAUGGAGAGCCGUUGCCGGAGCGGGUCAUGCUGCCAACGAGCCAAGGGAAGCUGCGCCUGGCACAUGAAUGUGUCUUCAACAACAUGCCAUGGUUAUCAGAAGAAGAGCAGCAGAAGAGAAGUCGAGCCGUGACGCAAAGGGGCCUUCAUUGGGUUCACCCAAGCAUCUCAAACGACGUGGCAGGGACAUUGAAGGUCCAAGCAUUGAGUACUCAAGUUGCUGCUGAAGCUUUAGCUGCUGCAGAUGAUGGAGAGAAGGAUCCUGAGUGGUUUGAGGCAGCUGGACAGACCGAGCCCCUCACCACCCGACUGCGUUCGUUGCUUCGGGACAUUUCCUCGGACUCGGAGGACCUCGGUUUAUUCAAAUCGCUGCUCCAAAAUGCAGAUGAUGCACAGGCCAAGGAAGUGCAUUUUGUUUGGGAUUGGCGCAGCUUUGGAAAGCAAUCUCUGAUGUCACCCGAGAUGGCGCGAUGGCAAGGACCAUGCCUUUGGGCUCACAACAAUGCCUCCUUUUCACCACAAGACUUCGAAAACAUCACGCAGCUUGGUGCGGUGAAGACAAAGAAUAAGGCACAGAUUGGGCGAUUUGGAUUGGGUUUCAAUUCGGUGUACAGCGUGACCGAUCUGCCGAGCAUUUUGAGUGAUGAUGUGGUGCUAUUUCUGGAUCCGCAUGUGCAGCACCUGAGGGCAAUGGGUGCUUCUCCAGCAAAGCCAGGUAUCAAGCUGAGAUUCCUGAAGAUCGAUGUUCUUGACAAGUUUCGGGAUCAGUUUGAGCCCUAUCAUGGUAUGUUUGGUUGCGAUUUGGCAUCCUCUACACCAUAUCAGGGGACACUGAUCCGCUUGCCAUUUCGAACGGCCGAGUCUGCAGCAGCCAGUGAGAUCAGCAAAACGGUCCUUGCACCCAAAGCAGCCAUGGCUUUUCUUCGUGCCUUCCGGAACGCCGCUGCAGAGUGCUUGAUGUUUCUGCAGCAUGUACAGCGGAUUGAGUUCAUUUGGAUCCCUCCGGAUGGCAAUGCGAAGCCCACCAUCAUGGAACUCAAGAUCGUGCCACCAGGAAUCCCGGUUUCGCUGCCAUGCGGCGCCGCGGAACAGGCAUCCCAAGCAACAGUGACGGAAGUUUCCACUGCUGAGCAGGCAUUGGAGUAUCGUCGCUUGUUUUCCUCCAGGACAGUUGCACAAAGCAAGGAAAAGCAAAGCUUCAUCUCCGAGAUGCUCAGUCGUCUGGGCAUGUCAAAACCAGAUUCAUCAGGGAACGUGACUACAGUGGCUAGCCACAUCUCUUUCAAUUUGGUGAUUUCCAUCUCCUGGUCGCCUUCUACGGAGCUGCAGAAGGAGUUUCACACGAAACCCGGUGACCGCAAGGAGGCCUGGCGCUUGAUUCUUCAACAUGACAAUCUAGAGGAUGAGCGAUGGAAGAUGAGCGGAGCCGACGAAGGCUUUGAUUAUGUGCCCUUUGCAGGCUUAGCUUUGUGUCUCUCUCGGCAGCUUCGAGCGAAAGAGCCACGGAUUUGUUGCUUUUUGCCACUGCCAGUGAAUGCCAACUGCUCCUUGCCCUUUCUCAUCAACGGCAACUUCUGUCUCAGUGACCCAACGGCUCCAGGCCGCUUGGACUUGGCGCGAGGGUCUUCCGAUGGAGCCUCAACUUGGAAUACCCUGCUGCUGCGAAAUAUGAUCGAGCCAUUGAUCUGCGCCUUGAUCCAGGAUCAGGCGAAGAAACUUCAAGUUGGUUCUACAACAUUCCGGUCAGACGUUGCUGCUUGGACCGAGGAUGUGUGCUCCUUAAUGCCUCAAAAGUCCCAGUUGCCCUCGAGCUUGAAAGAGCUCUUGAAUCUUCCAUCGAUUUACAAGACACUGGGCGGAUCAAAGCUUUUCCCACUGGCCUUCAAGACUGGUGCGCAGCCGCUGGCAGACUUCCUGGGGUCCAAAGAGCCAUUGCUGUCCUAUGUGGAUUCCGUCCAACCGCUCGAAGACACCGUCGCCACACCUGAGGAGAGACAGGCCGUUCACGAAUAUCUCAGCUCAGAGGUGAACGCCUUCCGCUUUUGCCAUGUGACUCCUGAAGUUGCACAGGAGUUUUCCUUUGCCGGCCUUCAGCGGAAGGCGAAGGUCGAGCAAUCUUUGCUCUUGCAUUGCCUUCAAAAGGAUUUGCAGUGCAAGUACACUUGUUCUACUGCUUCAAAGCUUCUCAGCUUUCUCCUUGCAGAUGACUCAUCAAGUGUGGCUACAAGUUUGCAAGGGCUUAAAUUGGCUCCUUUAUGUGAUGGCAAAGUCGCCUCCUUUGGCAAAGAAGGAUCAGAUCCAGUGCUAUGUUGCGCCUUUGCAUUCACUCAUGCUGCUCGAAGUUCCUUUGCACAACGAGUCCUGCAAGCUCUGGCGCCAAAAGAAACCUUGGACUUGUCGGGCAUCGAUCAAGCAAGCCUCAACAACCUACGCCAGCAUGCCAAUCAGCUUGGAAUUCGACAGGUCGAGACCUGUGAGCAGCUUGCCAGCGCCUUGCUCUCUGGCUUUCCAAACCUUCGUGCCCCACCGAAGAGCCGCACUCUAGCCGGAGCAUCAGUGCUGGAGUCCUUGGAUGAGACACUUGGAGGACGCCUCCUUGCUGGAAGCAGCCGGCAAGCAACUGCUGCGUCCCUCUUUGGAUUUGGCAAUGACGCCAGUGCAAAUGCCACCUUGUGUGCCCUGUGGUCAUUUGUGGAAUUGGCCGAGGAUGGUUUCUCGGAUCAGUUUCUAUCCGACUUUGACCGCUUUUAUGUGGUGCCUGCCUGGGAUCCAAACCACAGACCUUUCACAGAGCCUGGCUCAGCCACGGCCGUGGAGAUGCCUUUGGUGCUGGUGCCGCUGAGUGCGUCGGAGCCUCUCCUGCUGCCGGAAUGCGAUGAAUCCUUGAAACCCUUGAUGGAGAUUGCUGCAGCUCUGGUUCCGGACCGCUUUGUUGACAAAGGCCACCCAGCAAUGUCAGAUCCUGUCUUGCAAUUUCUGAAGCAGACGGGGGUUCUUCACCACUUCAGUCGAGGCAGCUUUCUGCGAGUCCUUGGAUCAUCAGAGGGCUCCUUGGGGAGAUGCCAGCGAUUGAACCCACAGCAGCGCGUGCUACUCCGCUCUCAGCUCUGUCAAGCUCUUUGCGAUCCCAUCGACGAUGGACAGUCACAGGCCAUGGCUCGAGCAUCUGUGGUCUGCAAGCUUCCCAUCUUCCUUGCAGAGUCGGCGACGGAUGAGAGCAAUGCCCAAGCGUUCCGACCGCUGCUACAACUGGCGGUGGUCGAUGGUGAACCGCUGACGUUAACUUCGCCCCCCGUGAGGCUGGACCUGGACACCGUUUUCGUGUUCCUGGCCUCUGCGAAGACUCAUCGAGAAGUUGCAGAAGCCCUCAAGCUCCCAGAGGUGAAAGAGAUCAUGACUGAAGAGGGCAAGUACUUCGAUGUAAAGACCUGGCUACAAAAGCAGGUUGUGCCUCACUUGGAAAGCAUGAUCCCAGAAGACCAGGUCAUAGUCUUGGAGCGGCUUCUACCGCUGAUACAAGAAAUUCCAGAGGCCAACAACGAGCCUUACCUGAUACCAGCGGAAGCACGCAGUAAAAUGAUGAAGCCCCCGUUGCUCAUUCUGGACCCACAAGAUUUCACUAUCCAAGAAAUCUUUGGGAUACGUGGAGAAGACUGGCCGGCGUUGGAUCUCCGACACCGCUAUCAGUUUCCAUCCAAGGCUCUUCCAGCUUCAGUGCUGUCGCAUCUUCGACGACUUGGAAUGCGGCGGAGCAUUGGUGAUGGAGCUUGUUUGGCCUUCCUUUGCCAGGCGUUGAAAGAUCAGCAUAGCCAGCUGCCCCGCAAGCGAUAUGGGGAAUUACAACGAGGCCUGAUGCAACGCAUUGUGGAAUCCUGGCACACCAUUCCUGAGGGUACGUUGAGGGAGUUGGUCUUGCAACAAGCAUUUGUGGAUGCAAGUGACGCCGACGAGAUGUGUGAGAGCCUCUUCGGCUUGAAGCCUUUCAGUGCCUCCAACGAACUCUUCAAGCUCUCAGAUUUGGUGUCAAGAUCACAUCAUUUGGACCCCUAUCUUUGCUGGACCAGUCUCCCUCUUACCCCCAGAGGAUUUCCAGACUUCGAAGAAUACAGAUGUCCUACUCUCAAGGAUGUUGUGGCUCAUGCGCAAGCGCUUGGAAGCCUUGAUGCAGCUUCCAUCCCCCUACAACAUUGGCAAGACUUCAAAGAGAAGGUAGUCAGACCGAUGUGCGAGUGGCUCUUCCAUCAUGAAGUCUUUCAGAGCUCUGAUGGACAGCUGCCUCCAGGUGGUGUCCAAGUCUGCUCUCGACUCCGGAAGACCAAAUUCAUUGCAGUUCCAUUGGAUGCUGGAAGCACUGGUCCGUGCAGGCACACCUUGGUGGCACCCUGGCGGAUUUCCCUGGUGCUGAAAGAGCAUCGACCCCCCAUGUUCGCCCUGCCGGACUACUUGAUGGACCAGGUUCCAGUACUUCGUAUGCUUGGGGUGCGAGAUGCUGUAGAGCUUCCGCAAGAAUCGGGGCAUGAGACUGGCAAUUCUCGCGUCGCAGAUGAAGCAAUGGCAUGGCUUUUUGAACAUGGCUGCGAGAGCUUUUCAGAUGUCACGGUUCGAUGUGAUGGGGGAAGCCUUUUCCUUCAUCGCAACAUUCUGAUGUCCCGGAGUGAAUACUUCAAAGCGAUGUUUCAGGGUGGCAGUGGAUUUCUGGAAAGCCAGAAUGCUUCUGCGGAGGUCUCCUUGUUGGAGUUUCCGCUUGAAGUGGCUCAAAUUCUCUUCGGCUUCUUGUACCAUGGCAAAGUUGACGAGAGGCCACUGGAAGGUCCAGAAGCAACGUCCAACUCCGUGGAUUUGAUGUGCUUAGCCGACCAGCUGGGAGUUCCGCGACUUUUCGAAUUUGCACAGCUUUGGGUGGCUAACCAACAGGACCUUGAGGAUUGUGCAGAGAUGCUGAAGCUUGCCUCGAGGCAUCGUGCAGAAUUGCUGGAGCGAGCAACACUGUCACUCAUGGCAGCCAACUUGGAUUCACCCGAGGUGGAACAACAACUGCCGCAUCUCCCGGAAGAUCAACGAAAAAGAUUGGAGGAAUUGGCUAAAAAACCAAGAACAUCCUAA